AUGAACGCGGACAUGGAAGAGUACUAUGCCACCAAUAAAUUCUUUUUGUCGCAAAUCGGUGGGUGGCCGUAUCAGAGUCGAGCGCUUAGAGUGCUUCUACCGUGUCUACUAACGGCAGUACAAUAUUCUGUGGUAGCGACUGAGCUGCUUCUGUUACACGACACGUGGGGCGAUGUAGAUAUAGCCGUCGAAGGUAUGAUCACCAUUAUCCCCAUUGUUGGUUCCAACGCGAAGUUAAUUAAUAUUGUCAUAAAUAACGACAAAUUUCGACAUUUGCUGCAACUUAUGAACGAUCACUGGAGACUUUUCAACGGUAAAUCCGAACGUCAUGUUCUGAGACAUUAUGCCGAUAUCGGUCGAAAGGUGACGAAAUAUUAUGCAGCAUAUUGUUACACAAUUCUGCUGCUGUAUCUGUUGAUUCCUUUAAUACCGAGAAUCUUGGACGUCGCAAAACCGUUGAACGAGUCGCGACCGUUGAAAAUGAUUUAUCAGGCCGAAUAUAGAAUCGACAAAGAAAAAUAUUAUUAUCCGAUAUUACUUCACGCCUACCUUUCGAGCAUGAUCACCGUUGGAAUUGUAUUAACCAUCGAUACUACGUACAUAAUUUGUGUGUUACACGCGUGUAGUUUAUUUACAGCCAUCAGACACGUCCAGAUGCUGGACUCCACAUUCACGUACGCGACGUUCGUGCUACUGACACUGAAUGUACUUAUCAUGAGCGUGAUUGGAUUGCAGCUUAUCAACAAAUUGGGACAUACCGAAGAAGUAAUAAGAUACAUUUGCGUAACUGUGGGUGUGAUCACUCAUCUCAUAUGUAUGUGUUUUCCCGGACAGUUGCUGAUAAAUCGAAGCGCAGAAAUAUUCGACAUGGCAUACUGUUCACAGUGGUACACAUUUUCUACCAGAAGCCGAACACUGCUGAAAAUACUGCUUCACAGAAGUUUCUUUCCGUGCACACUCUCGGCUGGAAGAAUGUUCGUCAUGUCGCUGACUAUGUGCAGUUCGGUAAUGCAAACUGCUACGUCGUAUUUUACUACUUUGCUAUCGGUGAAAUAAACGAGGACGAA